AUGGAGAAGUCGCAGAGCUUCCGCAUCGACGCGCUGCUGGCGGCCGAGCCCCCCAAGUCGGGGGUGGGCUCGACGCCCCAGACGGCGCCGCUGGCCCUGGUCACCUCGGCCGGGCCGGCGGGGCGCAGCAGCAGCGCCUCCAGCUCGGGCAGCUCGGGCAGCUCCGGCCGCCCCCGCGGCAGCCCCUCUCCGCCGCCCGGCCUGCUGGGGGUCCCGUGCGGCCUGGGGCCCAAGUCGGCCUUCCUGGGCGGCGGCGGCGUGGGCGGCGGGGGUCCCGGGGCCGGCCCCCACUCGGCGCUGGGGCUGCACCCGGUCGGGCCGCCGCCCGCCGCCCUCUACGGCCCGGCCGUCUACGGCUACCCGGCGCUCGCCUCGCAGCACCCGGCCGCCCUGGCCUACCCGUACGGGCCGCCGCCCCCCGCCGCCGCCGCCGGAGACCCCCUCAAGCUGGCCGCCGCCGCCGCAGGCACCUUCCAGUUGGACCAGUGGCUGCGCGCCUCCACCGCCGGCAUGAUCCUGCCCAAGAUGCCCGACUUCAACGCCCAGGCGCAGUCCAACCUGCUGGGCAAAUGCCGCCGCCCGCGCACCGCCUUCACCAGCCAGCAGCUGCUGGAGCUGGAGCACCAGUUCAAGCUGAACAAGUACCUGUCCCGGCCGAAGCGCUUCGAGGUGGCCACGUCGCUCAUGCUCACCGAGACGCAGGUGAAAAUUUGGUUCCAGAACCGGCGCAUGAAGUGGAAACGGAGCAAGAAGGCCAAGGAGCAGGCUGCGCAAGAGGCGGAGAAGCAGAAAGGAGGUGGUGCAUUGGGGGAGGACAAGGUGGGGGAUGAGCUGCCCCCAGGUGGGGCAGAGAAGAGUGCUGGGGGGCGCCGGUUGCGAGAGCUCAGGGACAGUGACCUGGAAGAAGAGGAGGAGGAGGAGGAUGAAGAUGACGAUGAUGAAGAGGACCGACCUGGACACUGCUGCCCCUAUGGCUCCCCAGAUUGCUCUGACGGGGACGAGGAUGGAAGGCAGCCCCGUAGCAGGCAUGGGGGACCACACCCACCACUGCCCCCAGCCCCAGCUCCCUAAGUCCCAGGAUUCCAGGGCCAGUCACUCCCUUGACUCCGGUUUCCCAAAAGAUUCUGCCCUCCAAGAAUCCAUUGGCUGCUCCGUGGCUGAAGUCAGGAGUUCUUCUGGUGCCAUAUUUUUUUAUCAUCAAAUCACGUGACUCUUGGUGACCUCAUAGGGUUUUUAAGAUAAGAGAGGUUCAGAGGUGGUUUGCCAUUGCCUGCUCCUUUCUCACAGCCCUGGACUUCCUUGGUGGUUUCCCAUCCAAAUACUAACCAGUGAUAGCCAUGCUCAGCUUCUGAGAUCUGGCGACAUCCAGCUGCUAGCCUGUGUAGGUCAGGUAAUACUACUAAUGCUAUCUUGGUCAGGUGACACCACUAAAGCUUAC